CCGUGGGAUGCUGGGAAUUGUAGUCUGGAGCUUUCCUCUGUUUCCUGGAGGCUGGGGAUACAGGCUGGACUCGAUGGCCUUUGGGGUUUGGCGCUGAUUACACUCUAAGCAGCCGCAGCAAAGGACCCUAAGAGGCGGAAGGAUGGCACCAGAGCGGGUGACCGAGGGCUUCAUCAGCAACCUCAAUGGGACCACGUUGCUUGAGAUCUCUGUCGGCUUACCCCUUGCGCCACUAUGCCUCCUGGCCCGGGGUCUCCUGUUAGUACUGUAUUUCCUCCGCUGUGGGAAACCUUUAUCUUCAAGCAGUGGCCAUUUCCUCCUCGAUUUUAGUGUUUUGGUCGUUCCCCCGGUGCUCUCCUGCACAGUGUUGGCUCCCGUCCUGCUUUGGGUGAUUCUGUCCAUCGUGGCGUUCUGCACAGGCUUGGUUUUCAUCAUCUACGGCGAGAGGACCCGUUAUGCCGAAGUGCCCCUAAAGCGAAUCCUCGGUGAUUUUUGGAGGAGCAACUUAGAGCCGACCUACAUCCCGUCCAUAACCGCCUUCCGGGUGUUCGUCAACGUCUUGACCUCCAUCAGCAUCCUGGCUGUGGACUUCCCGCAGUAUCCGCGGCGAUAUGCCAAGACGGAGACCUACGGGACGGGAGUGAUGGAUUUUGGGGUCGGCUCCUUCGUGUUCGGGAAUGCCGUGGUUUGCCCCGAGGUCCGGCUGCGCUCCAGCGAGGUCCGGCGCGCAUCUUUCUCCCUCGGGAGGCAAUUCCUUGCCACCUGGCCGCUGCUCUUUCUCGGCUUUGGCCGGCUGCUGAGCGUCAAGGCGGUCGAGUACCACGAACACGUCUCCGAAUACGGCGUCCACUGGAACUUCUUCUUCACCUUAGCUGCCGUCCGCAUGGGAGCAUCGCUGCUUCUGGCCGUCUUCCCCAUCCACAAAGCGUGGGUUGUCGCUGCCAUGCUGGCGGUCGUUUACGAAUGUUUCCUCGACCUUCUGCCUCUGAAGGCGUUCAUACUCCAUGGAGGGGACGGCAACGAUUCAAGGGUCGGCUUCCUCAACGCCAAUCGAGAGGGUAUCUUUUCCGUCGUCGGCUACCUCGCCAUCUACAUGGCUAGCGUGCAGGUCGGUUUGUAUUUGCUGAAGAAGAGAAACGCUGUGAGGGACUGGUUCGGAGUGAUCCGGGUUUUGCUGUUGUACUUUUGCCUCCUUUUUAUAUGCCUGCACAUUGCACAAACGCACAUCGACACCGUUUCCCGCCGGAUGGCGAACCUCUCCUUUUGCAUUUGGGUGGUGGCCUACGCCCUGCUCCUCUUUAGUUGCUUCCUCGUAGUUGAUCUCGUCCUGGUGUUUGCAAAACUUCUAGUGGAGGGGGCUGACGUUCCUGGCAGUUGGAAUUUGGCCCAGCCGACCCCGAAGAAACACGAUUUGGCAGAACCACGGGGUCCAAAAACCAGGCCUCGGAGUGUGUGCAUGGUCAGCGCAGUGAACCAAAACCAGCUCCUCUAUUUCCUGCUGGCAAAUGUUUUAACCGGCCUGGUCAACAUGCUGGUGGAUACCAUUCACAGCUCCACGCUCGCCGCUAUGGCGAUCCUGCACUUGUACAUGCUGACCAACUGUUUGGUGAUGUCUCGACUGCAAGCCAAAAAUAUCAUCUUCAAGUGGUGGUGAUGAUAUUCUGACAUUAUCAUGACAAGGGGCAACCCAAAAGGGACGUGGGAACCCCAGACUGCAUUGUUCGGACUGUAUGUUUUAUGUGAAUUUUAUUUUUUGGUAUGGGUAUUAUUAAUAUAUUUUCCCUAGGAAUGUUUAGGUCCUCUGUAGACUUCUCUAAGCAUUUGCAGCUCCUCCAGCACGACUGUGCUCACCCUCUAAUGGAAGUUGACUAUAGAGUCAUGCUGGAGGAGAUACAGUGCGCUAAAGAAGUGAUUUUGGUUACGUUUAUGUUUUCCCCACUUUCAUGGAAAACCUGCACUCCUAAUCCCAGCAAAUGUGGAUUGCCUAUUGCACUGACAAUUUAUUCCCAUUGGAUUCUGUCUGCAGCCUUAAUCAGUUUAGCCAAUGGUGAAGGCUGAUUUGACUCAAUACAUUCCCAAUAAUAAUAAUC